AUUUGUUUUUCUAUCUUUUCAGGUCUCUGGAUGGCAGACACUGAAAAGAAAUGCUGUUUUAAGAGACACCAAAGAUGCUGACAAGAAAAAUUAAACUUUGGGACAUCAAUGCCCAUAUAACCUGCCGCCUUUGCAAUGGUUAUCUUAUCGAUGCUACUACUGUAACGGAAUGCUUGCAUACCUUUUGCAGGAGUUGCUUGGUAAAGUAUUUGGAGGAAAAUAAUACCUGCCCCACAUGCAGGAUAGUAAUACACCAGAGUCAUCCUCUCCAGUAUAUUGGUCAUGACAGAACAAUGCAAGAUAUUGUUUACAAGCUUGUUCCAGGUCUUCAAGAAGCGGAAAUGAAAAAGCAGAGGGAAUUCUACCACAAAUUGGGCAUGGAAGUACCAGGUGACAUCAAAGGAGAGACGUGCUCAGCCAAGCAGCAUUUAGAUACUCACCGUAAUGGGGAAACUAAAGCAGAUGAGAACACAAACAAAGAAACAUCAGAAGAAAAACAGGAAGAAGAUAAUGAUUAUCACAGAAGUGAUGAACAGGUAAGCAUCUGCUUGGAAUGCAACAGUAGCAAAUUGCGUGGAUUGAAGAGAAAAUGGAUUCGUUGUUCUGCACAAGCUACAGUCUUGCAUCUAAAGAAGUUCAUCGCCAAAAAACUUAAUCUUUCUUCAUUCAAUGAGCUGGAUAUAUUAUGCAAUGAAGAAAUUCUGGGCAAGGACCAUACUCUCAAAUUUGUAGUUGUCACAAGAUGGAGAUUUAAGAAAGCACCUCUACUGCUACAUUACAGACCGAAAAUGGACUUGCUGUUGCAUUCAGUGGUGGUACCGCAAAUAUGGACCAUGCGAAAUAUAUGUUGUUCUUCAUCUGGACGGGAUAUGUAAGACACUUUCAUCUGGGAGAACCAUGUCAUUGAUUUUAAAUACUCCAGUGUGUUCAAGAAUGCAUGCGCAUACUCCUUGUUGCAUGUAUAUAGGCAUGUUUUAUGUCUCUCUCUCUCUCUCUCUCUUCCACAUGCACAUACAUAUAUGCAGAGGCACAAAUAUUCUUUGCAUGAACACAAGUCUGCCUUUCCUCCAUUGGGACACCAGUUUGGAUGGGAUAUGACCAGAACAGGGAAGAAGUUGCUGCUGAGAAGGAUUACUGAGAGGAUAUAUUUUUUAAAUUUCUCAAGAUUUUUCUCUGUGAUGCAGAAGUUUGCCUUUACUCUGUCUUACUAGCUCUGUUGCUUAUAAUCCCGCUGCUGAUUGAACAGGUCCUUAGGAAGAAGCAGAGGAUAGCCCAAAGAGGAUGGGUUAUAUUGGCUGAGUUUGAGAGAGAGAUCGCUAGGAAGACAAAACUUGAGUUUCUCCAUCCUUUAUGGAAGUCACGUCCAUUUGGAGGUUUAUAUUUUGAUGGUGAAUAUUCAGGACUGGUAGCAAUUUGUUAAAGUUUGUUUCUUGUUCUUCUGAAUAUCCUUGCUUUGCAAGCGUGACUCGCAGGAAACUUCCUAUAGGGAGCAAGCCUCAGCAAAGAAUAAAAAAAAGAUACACGACAGGGGUGUAGGUGAGUGGACAAACCUGAAUAAGUACAAGGAUGGGGCAGGAAACAAAAUGCAAAUGUGAGGCAAUGAAGGGCUCUUUUCAUACUGUUCAGUGAUUUUUUGGACACCGGUAAUGAAUCAGGUAACAUAUAUUCAAUUAAGCUAUUAGAUCUCAUUUUCUGGAAUGAAUUGUUCUCACACCAUGGAAACCACUUAUAAUUUCUGUUAGGAGGAGACAAAACACAUUCCUUUCAUAAUGCCGAUUAUAUAUAUAUAUAUAUAUAUAUAUAUAUAUAUAUAUAUAUAUAUAUAUAUAUAUAUAUAU